CAUGCAUCUAUCAUAUGCAUUAUAUUGUGUUCUUCCUCACCCUUUGACCCCUCCCUCUUUUACAUCUAUGCCCUCGCCGGCCUUCCUAUUUACCACGUUUGACCACCCUGUCUAUGAUAGCUGCCGGAAAUCGGGAAUCUGAGAGCCCAUUCUCAACUCCAGCUCUCGGCUUCCCUCGUCUCAGGUUCUUCCGUUACCGCCGAUUGAGGUAAUCAUAUACGUAAUUCAUCUAUAUAUACACAUAUAUAUCGAUCAUAUAUAUAUACAAACGCAUAAUCAGAUGUCGACUUCGAAAAAUCAUCGGAGAGGACGAGAGGAGAGCCGGAAGUCGAGGCUUGGGGAGAAAUCGUCGUCGUUUCACGGACGGAGUCUAGGAACUGUGGGGGAGAAGCUUCUGCGGCCGAGGACGGUGCCGGAUUUGCUAGCCGGUGGGAGUUUUGCCGGUGUAUCGCUGGACGGACGGCCGAAGCUGACGAAGUUGCUCCUGAAUGUGACGGUACAGAGGAGCCUCGGGGCCGUACAGGUGUUGAUGGCGCCUGAAUCGACGGUUGGUGAUUUGAUAGCGGCGGCUCUGCGGCAGUACGGCAAGGAAGGCAGACGGCCGACCUUGGCGGGCCAUCCAUCUGGCUUCGACCUCCAUUACUCGCAGUUUAGCUUAGAAAGUUUGGAUAGAGAGGAGAAACUAAUAACGUUGGGAUCCAGAAACUUGUACAUAUGCCCUAAAACCUCUGCCACCGAAAGUGGCGGCGGCGGCGGUGGUGUAGCGUCCUCAUCAUGUUCAAAAGAAGCUGAGGAAGGUACAAAGAUUGGUGUUCCGUGGCUCAAGUUCAUGAACUUCUUGCUGUGAACGACCCUAGUUAUUGUCUUUUUAUUUUUACCGUCUGGCUAUUCCUCUCUAUAUUUUUUUUAUUAUUAUUUAUAUUUAUUAAUAAGUGUAGAAAUAGCUAGGUUUGGAAAAGUUGUACAAAUCUAUAUUAAUCUAGGAAUAUAUAUAUUCAUGUCUUUCGGUUUGGA